AUGGCAGACAUACCAGAACCCCUCGCGAGCAUCCCAUUCUAUCCGAUCCGAUAUGACAAACCAUCCCCGAUUCAUGUCUUCGGCUCGCAAAGACAAUGGCCAUGCAACGUACACAUCAAACGGGAGGACCAGUCGUCACCAGCCGUCUGCUGCGGCAACAAGUAUCGCAAGCUAGAGUACGUCAUCCCUGACCUCCAGCGCGCCACGCCAGCAGUGACGACCAUCGUCACCGAGGGCGGUCUGCAGAGCAACCAUGCCGCGCAGACCGCCGGCGUUGCCGCCAUGCUCGGGAUGGAGUGCGUGCUGCUGCUCGACGAAAAGGCGGGCGGGCUGAGCACGGCAGCGAGCCCGGAGGCGUUCCGGAGCGCGGGCAACCAGCAGAUAUAUAAGCUCCUAGGCGCCGAUAUCCGCGUCGGUCGCGGCCCACAGGAUAAAGGCACUGUACUGCGGCAGCUCACGGCGGAUGGCAAGGUGCCGUACUUCAUCCCCAGUGGUGCGAGCACACACCCUCUCGGUGGUCUCGGGUACGCCCGUUGCGCGUUUGAGAUAGUUGCUCAGGAGAAGGAGAUGAGCCUCCCUGGUACGGGACGGUACGACUACAUCUUCGUGGCUUGCGGAAGUGGCAGUACCAUAGGCGGACUGGCUGCCGGGUUUCGAUUACAUGGCAAGCUGGCAUCACAGGCAAACAGUCAGUCUAAGCUCCCUGAGCGUCAGCUUGUGGGUGUCAUGGUCAUGGACAAGCCCGGCUUUGAGAAGCAAGUGGAGGUGAUUGCCCGCACGGCUGCUGCAAAGGUUGGGCUUUCCGGCGACCAUAUGCAUAUUCACAAUGUUCGACUGGUGGGGGACUUUGUCCAUCCCGGAUACGGUGUAUUUGACGAGAAGAUCGAAGGGACAGUCCAGAGAUUUCUACGUGAGGACCAGGUGCUGUUGGAUCCGGUGUACUCUGGCAAAGCUGCAAGAUCCAUGUCGGAAUGGAUCGACAGUGGCCUGCUCGCUGAGGAUAGCCGGCAGCAUGGUCACCAAGAAAUCAGCAAGGUCAAUGUUCUCUUCAUCCAUACUGGUGGACAGACUGUCCUUUCAGCCUACGCGAAAGCAUGA